GACGCUCCCAAAGCCAAUUCGUAGUAGAGGAGGUUCGUAACUCCCUUUUUGCUGCAGUGAACUUCGUUGAUCCAUGAGGCAGCUCGACUGAACUUGUACCACAACUUCGCCGUUUUUCUUUGUCCGAUUCGCAUCCUUUGACAUGACCGAUCUAGCUUCCUCGUCUUCUUCCAAGGCGACUCGCCACUUCUUCGCCGUUGCCCUCGUCGCUGUGGCAGCGCUGCUGUUACUCGAUGCCUCGCCGCACGCUUCUACAGUGAAGAGGACGGCUCGCGACGCAGUGCACGGUCUCCUCCUCUCACGUUCAUCUUCCUCCGUUGCGACGGCGACGUGGAACGCGGACCCGGCGUACGACGACAUCGAAUCUGAUGAAUGCACGAUCGACCGACUCGCAUACGAUGCAAUGACAGCCGACGCGUUCUUUCGCUUCUACGAGGAGCAACGCCCCGUCAUUCUCCAUUAUCCCGUGGACGUCACGGCACCCCGCAACUUCGAGUUUCAGCAGGCCGUGCAGAAGCAACGUCUGCUGGAGCACCACGGCCGCGACGAAAUCAUUCUCUCUUCCGGCAACCGCAACUCGUACGCGAAGCGCCACACGACGCUGGCGGACUACGUUGGGAACUAUCUUCGUCCGCAGCCCGAGGAGGUGCGGGGUAACGCCUCGUGGUACCACUUCGGUGACCCGCACCACCAAUACUGGCGCGAGGUGAACGGGCUGUAUGAGCUGCCGAAGAAGUUUUUGCAUCCCCAUCAGUCCCCGGCGCUGAGCUUCGGCGUUGCGGGCAGCGGCACCGGGGUGCCGUUUCACACGCACGGCGCAGUCUUCGCAGAAGUUGUAUAUGGCCGGAAGCGGUGGUGGCUGAGUGCGCCGCAGCGAGAGCCGCGGUAUGACCCGGACGCGAACACGCUACAUUGGUUGCGACAUGUGCGUCCUACCUACACCUCUGCGGAGUCAGCGAACUUAUUGGACUGUGUGUGUGACCGAGGCGAUGUGCUGUACAUCCCCUCUCACUGGCACCACGCAACACUGAACAUUGGCGAGGCCGUUUUCAUGUCCGUAUUCCUCUAG